UAAGUUGUAAACAAAAAACAUAUGACAUUCGGUGUAGCCAGAUGUUGUGAAACUUGAAUUGCUUGAAAUCGUAAAAGCAGUUCUGUAGCAGCCAGCCUUUAACAGUUAACUGGCACAACACUGCAAUGUUAAGUCUUAACAUUUUUGAACGAGAAUUAAGCAACGACAGCAGCUUACAAUGAAUAAUAGAUUUGUUCGGGUUUGGGAGCCAUCGCAACCUGAAGCAAUUGAAAGGAGACCAUCCGUGUCCCAUGAAAACCUUCGAAUAUUUGAUAAAUCCUGCUGGGACAUCUCACAAAGUGCCACAAAUAAGAUCCUGACGGGCAACAAAGCCCUGGACACUCAUUUUGGAGGUGGAAUAUCCUUGGGUCACCUGGUCGAACUGAUUGGCAAUUCGGGCACUGGAAAAACGCAAAUGUGCUUGCAACUUUGCCUAAAUGUACAAAUUCCCAAGGCAGCUGGCGGAUUGGAGGGCAGUGCAUUAUUUAUAGACACCAGGCAGGAUUUCCAUCCUGACAGAUUAAUGGGCCUAGCUCUGAAACUGGAGAGGCAGUAUGCACAUAGAGUUCCAGAAUUUAAGGCUCACAAAAUGCUGCAGAAAAUCCAUUAUGUGAGGUGCCCCAAACUGGAUCAAUUAAUGGCCACUGUACUUAGUUGCCACAGGCAUCUCGUCGAUCAUCCAGAUAUUAAGCUGAUUGUAAUCGACUCCCUGGCUUUUACUCUGCGAAUGCUUGAGGAUGGCGCCCAUCGUUACGAGCUGCUUCUGGAACUGCACGAAAGCAUGCGGAGAUUGCAACGUCAACACGAAUUGGCCUGGGUCUUCACCAAUGUGCUCACGCAUCGCUACGUCAAGCAAAAGUUUCAAGUGGAGCCCGCCUUGGGGGAUCUGCAUUCGCACUUGAUCAACGAGCGCAUCUGGUUUACGGGCAGCUCUGAGCUUCACCUGGGCAAGUCGUGGCGAACGAGUAGAUUGAUUCCUUAAUCCGAAUGAGGCUGCAUCACUUUUACUUCGUGUCGAGUGUAAGCGUUAGAAAUAGGUACAUGCGUAGUAGGAUUAAAUAUGAAGUUAUCAGAUGAAAUAUUGUUUUUCUAUAAAAUAAAAAUAUGUUUAGCAAAAGAUUAGAAUCGAAGCAUUAGCACAGGAAAGAGGAGCAGCAGCAGGAUUGGCAAACGGCAUCCUCAACCACUUGCCAUGAUGCGCUGUGGCACAGAAAACGGAUCCGCAACUAGCGCACACCCAGCCAGCUGCUGAGCACUUGCUAAAAGCUCCACCGGUCACCUCCACUCCACGAGGAGCCCGAUGCCUAUCGAUGGCGCAGCUCCAGAUUGACAGGCGAGCAACGCCUGAUUUAUGCGCGCGGCGCAGGAAUGUGGCAAAGUGUAAAAAGUGUUUACACAUACGAACGGCGACACCCAAACCAGACUGCCGAUCUCUAGCCCGCGGCCUUUUAUUAUACACUGGAAAAAUGCACUCCUUAGGCGAACAUGGAGCUCCGGGCAGCAGCUAGUCACGCAUAUGCAGCGACAACUAAUUCAAUUUCCACUUGCCAGAAGGAGGCGGCUGUUUAGCCGAGUGUGCACGCCUAAUUGGUAAUGCGAUCGGCUUUAUUGAGGCGCUGGAGUCGAAGCAGCACUUGUGGCUAUAGCUCUACCCAUAUGGCUUAGUCGCUGGAUCGGAAUCGGUGGAUGUGACUGGGCAUGGUGCUCACUGCCUGGCGGAGUUCGCUGGUGCAGUCACAGGCUAUCGCUGUCGCUCAGCGCAAAUCCCAUUACGUGCGAUCCGUUUCGAGCCAUAAACAUGUAACAGCUGCAGAGCCGAGCUCCCCUCCCAGUUUCCACCGAUCCCACCCGAUCCUAGCCGAGUUUCCUGGCUUCCAGCGGCGCAACUUGUCGCUCGAACUUAAUUGCCUCGGUUGCGCUUAUGACUUUCGUGUGCAAUGCAUCCUCAUCCACAUCCACAUCGCCGCUCUGUGACUGCAGCAUUAGAAAGUAACUCCAGCCGGCGGAUAGCUAUAGCUAUCAACAUCGGGCUCGCAUCGUCUUCGUCGUCAUUGCGGAGUUGCUGGCGCUAUUUUCGACACCGCCUGGCCCGCCAUAAAUUUCCAACUGCCCUGUAAUGCACUUGGGCCUCAAAAACUAGAAAUAGUCUGACUGAGCCGGUGGCACCGAAAAAAGUUUCCGAGAUGAUCGGAAAAAGAUUUUGCUAUCAGUAAAAAAAAACACUACAGAUUCAGAUUUGGUAUAGAUUUUAUUUUGGAAUCAUUAAAAGGCAAUGUUAAGUUUGGUCUUUAUAUCAUUGUAUUUUUUAUAUUCGUUUCUGGUAAAUCGUAAUGCCUAAUAUAUUAUUUACUACAUUA